AUGUCUUCUUCCGCGCCUCGCAGCGGCGAGCGCGUAAUCCAUCAGGAUUUCAUCGCAAGAAUCAGAUAUUCCAAUGCCCUGCCACCGCCUCCCAAUCCGCCCAAGUUGCUCGACAUUCCGAACACUGGCCUCGCUAGCGGCCAGUACACAACACCUGGCUUCGCAUCACGUCUUGCCAGAGAACAACCCCUAAACAUCGAAGUCGACGCGGAGCUGGGUAUGCCGUUGGACCUGGUAGGCAUGCCUGGUAUCUUCGACGGAGAUGAGAGCUCUAUUCAAGCGCCAUCUCACCCUCCUCCCGUUCACCCUCACGAUAGACCCCUCCUCAGACCGCUGUCCACUCUGGGCCGAGCCAAGAGCAAUGCCGAAGCAUCAGUCUCCUUCCUCCGCAGAACGGAAUACAUCUCCUCCGUCAUGCCCCGGAAGGGUGGCGCCGGCGCUGCUGGUGCUUUCAUCAACCCCAAGCUCAAACGCCCGGAGAAGCGCCGCUCCCCCGAGCCGGACAAGGACUCGCCUGCCGCCAUCAGACGCAAGAUCGAGAAGAGCUUCGAGAGCGCCGAGCGCUUCAUCAGCAAUCCCUCCCGACACCGUCACCCGAGCAAGCCCAACGUCUCCCUCGUGUCCUCCUACCCCCUCCUCCCCGACCCCGACGCGCUUCCCGACUCCGGCGCCUACGUCACCGUCAAGCUGCUCACCAACCCCAUCGCCAGCGGCAACAAGUACGACCGCCGCCUCCUCAGCGGUCUCCUGCGCCCCCUCGACAGGAGCGCCGACGAGAACGAGGCCUACCAGGCCGCCCUCGAAGCCCACGAGCGCGACCCCGCCCGCUUCCCGAAGCCCAAGAACCUCAUGGACUACAGCUUCUUCCUCCCCGCGACGACGAAGACCGGUGACAACUUCCGCGCCAAGUUCGACCCGGAGAACCCCGACCACGACGACGACGCCCUCUACACCAACAAAAGCCAGGGCUCCGAUGGCUUCUUCACGUUCCAUCGCCUGCGCGCGUACGAGACCACCAAGGAGGUCGAGCUGGACCACAACACAAAGUACGACGAGGAGCUCAUCCUCGCCUUCAACGACGAGCCCUCGGCCGGCAAGCAGAAGGCCGCCUACUACUACCCCGUCAUCCAGCGCACCACGAUCCGUCCCCAGCGCGCCAAGAACAUCGCGCGUACCAUUACCCAGGAGGAGGACGUGCAGGCCGUCAGCGAGGUGGAGGUGUCCAUCUGCGACCCCAAGGGCACGACCCGCGAGAACAUGAAGCGCUACCGCGAGAAGCCCAUCGGCUUCGUCGAGGAAGAGCAGGAGCAGGAGCAGGAGCAGGCCGCCGAGGGCAACGGCGAGGGCGCCGCCCCCGGAACGCCCUCAGAUCACGAGCAGGACGCUAACGGCGACGAGGAAGACGAUGAUUAG